AUGCCUCCACCGCUGCUGUCGAGGACGCUUGAUCCCAUUCUUGGGAUUGCGAGCGGCGUCUUCGCCUACUAUCUCUACGAAAGCCAUCCUCGAAACGACAUUCCAGAGGAGCUGAGACUCUCGACCCUAUUGCGAUGGAAGCGGGAACGAUGGCAGCAGGCUCGCAAACAGAAGCUCCAGGGUGCAGAGGACAACGUAGACUGGCAGGCGAUUGCAGCUGGUGCGGAAGCAGAAACGAAAGUGGCGAAGUGA